UAUAUAUACACACACAUAUAUACCAGUAUUAGCUGUACACUCCAUUAAUAAUCCCUAACUAAACCUUGACUAUAUCCAAUAACUACGCAGUACCAGUUGCUAACUAUAACUACCAUUAAUAGCUACACGCUACCAACUAAACUAGGACUAUAUCCAAUAUCAGCUAGCUAACUAGGACUACCACUAAUAGUCAUACUACUUGAUUAUUAAAUAUUUGGUCAUGCAUUAGUUGUUUAAAUAUAAACCAUGUUUGACCUUUCACCUGCAGGUCCUUGAACAUGUCUCUGAGCCAGCAGGGCGGAGGGGGCGGGGCCGAGAGAGAGGCGGGGCUAGAGAAGCAGCUGACGUGUCCAAUCUGCUUGCAGCUGCUCCAGAAGCCCGUCGUCAUCCUGCCCUGUCAGCACAACCUGUGCAGGAAGUGUGCCAACCACCUCUACCAGCCGUCCUUGUUUCAGGCCCGCACCACCAUGGCCGUCAACAGCGGACGCUUCCGCUGCCCGUCGUGUCGGCACGAGGUGAUCCUGGACCGCCACGGCGUCUUCGGCCUGCAGCGGAACCUCCUGGUGGAGAACAUCGUCGACAUCUACAAGCAGGAAGUCGGCGGCGACGCCAGCAGGACCGUCGCCGUCCCUCCCUCACUUCCUGCCGAGGUCACCUGCUCCGAGCACCACGGCGAGAAGGUCAACAUCUACUGCGUGACGUGCCAGCUGCCCACCUGCUCCCUCUGCAAGGUCUUUGGACAACAUCAGUCCUGUCAGGUGCAGCCUCUGGACCAUGUCCUCCAGAACAAGAAGGAGGAGCUGAGGGAAGGCGUGUCUGCCCUGCUGGAGGUCAACCACAAAGUGCAAGCCUUGAUUGACCAGCUGGACGACACCUGCAGGAGCUUGGAGGAGAGCGCCAAGACUCACAAACAGAACGUGUGUGACAAGUUCAGCCGAAUGUUUUCAAUCCUGGACGAACGACGCAAGGCGAUGACGGAGCGAAUCAGCUCUGAGGAGGAGGAGAAGACAGGCCACGCCCAGCUGCUGGCAUGUUGCUACGGCGACAGCAUUGAGGCCAACAGGAAGCUGGUGGAGACGGUCAGGAGCAGCAUGGAGGAUCCCGACAUGGCCGCCUUUGUCCAGAUGUCCAAAGAGCUGAUUGCAAAGGUCCAAGCGGCCGCCAACUUCAAACCGGCUGAGACGCCUCCAGGAGGACAGGACCGGACGAGGCGCUACACCUUCAACUUCAGCCGCCAGGAGCACGCCGCCAGGAGCCUGGACUUUGUCCCGGCUCGCGUGCUCGUCGCCGAAGGUUCUCCUGCGUCAGAACAUUCGGCUUCACAACCGGAGGAGGAACCUGACCGAGAACCCUUCCUGCCGCACUUGGAUGAUGGAGAGGAGGAGGUUCUGGUGCCGCCAGCAGAACCAGGGCAGACGGAGGAUGCGGAGGGGAGGGAGUUGGCCCAGCGAGGGUCAGCGCCCAUGGAAGACAUGUUGGAAGGUCCAAUAAACACACAACAGCGCGAGGAGGGCGGGGCUGUGUCCGAGGCAGGUGAUUGGACGGAGGGCCGGAAGGAGGCGGGACCAGGGGACAUUUUGUUGUACCCUGGCUGGUACCGGUCCGGGAUGAAGCCCCUUCCUGGGAGCGGCGAUGCGGAGGAGGUCACGGGGGAUGUGCAGCCCCGCCCACUUUGCCCUCAGCUCCUCCCACCAUCCGAAUGCCAACAGAGCGCGGAGGUGGGCGAAGACGACAAGGGGGACGCUCAAGGGUGGGUGUGUCCUCCCGAUGAAGGCGCAGACCAAACAUUAAGACUGGAGAAGGAGAAGCUGAUGGCGGAAGAGGAGGAGGAGGAAGAGGAAGAGGAGGAGGAGGAAGAGGACGCCCAACAGACCAACAGGCUUCACAAAGUGGAGGCGUGUGACGAGGAAGAGGGCGUGGCCUCCUUCGAUUCCCUGCAGGCUGUCACUGUGCUCUUCUACCUUCUGGCCUUCCUGCUGCUCCUGCAGAAGUUCUGCUGCUACGUGGGCUGCUUCAUUUGCACGUAAACAACACGCAACACCCGCAGGGAGACCUCACUGUCGCUCUCACCUCAGAAGGAAGGUGUUCCCCUCGCCGCCUCGUCCUCCUCGCUCAGCCUCGGCGAGGCCCGGCGACCCACUUUCAGUUUCUCCUGGCUCAACUAGAAGAACACGUAGAGGAGGGUGAAGAAGACCUGGUGUCAGGUGUCAGAUCCAAGGUCAUGUCUGAAGAAGUGCGGAGGAACCUUUCCAACCUUCAUGACUGACGCACUUUUAUUGUGCAUCUAAAGUUGUGUUUGGCUUUUGUGUGCGUGCUGUGUUUGGGGGGGGCGUCACCACGGAAGGAGGAGCUAUAAUGUCAGGGUGAUGAUAACCGUAGAACAGGAAAUGAGUCUCAUGGUGAUGUAGUAAAGUGCUGCGGCCUUAGUACAAAAUGGAAUAACUCCAUUUUGUCCUCAAAAUUCUACAAACAAUACUCCAUCAUGAUGAGGUGAAAAGGUUUUCUGAAAGAAAUGAGUAAAAAUGAAUACAAAUGAACUAAAAAAAAACAGCAUUUUCUAUGUCCUGGCUGCUCAGUUGAACAUGGCUAAAGUGCCAAAAAAAACAACAACAUCCAUUAUGAAUGUCAGUGACGUGCAGUCAGUUGAGGCAGGUGAGGCGGCGCCUCAAGUGCCAUCAUGGAAAGAAAAAAUAAUAAUUAAAUUGUUAUAUGUAUCCAGUGAUUAUACUAUAGAGUUAACUUCACCAGUUUUAGAUUAUUUUUAUUCAAAAUCGCUGAAUUUUCACAUUUGCCGUUCAAAUACUGAGAAGAGACGGUGCGGUGAGGCAGCAGCCAGUUGAGCCUCACCAUGGAUUGCGCAAUGACUGGGCUAACUGCUGGCCUGCUGUGCAGUGAGACCGUAUUGCUAUAUGAAUUAUAUUAUACAUUUCCAUAGUUUAGUUAGCUGAGGUAUAUAAUGUACAGUGUAUUUUGUCAACAACUGUAUGUGUGUAACGUAUUUCUUGUGCUGAGCGAUCACAAAACUGCUGCGAAGACGCACUGGGUGAGGCUCGCAGUAAUCCCGCCUCAUGGUGGUAGAGGGCGCUAGUGAUCCUAGGGAUCAUUCUUGCGACUACUCGUGUGACAACAAGCAGCAACAGUUAGCAGC